UGGCUACUCCAUUUUACCUUUGCGGAUAUAACUUAACAUAGGAUUUCGGUGGUUCACAUGACUCCGGCAUAGAUAUAAAGCUAGAUUUUUUAAAACUUUGAAAAUGGACUUUGGAUAUAAUUAAUCUACAUUCAUUACAGUACAAAUAGCUGAUUUGUUGUGAAGAAAGUGUUUGCACUAAAGAUUUUAAAAUGGGUGCUCAGUCAUCUGUCCCUGAUAGAAUUCAGGGAACACGCUCUGCUUUUACGCGCAUAUCUCAAGCAUACACAGUAUCAGAAGGGGAACAAAACUUGAAAGAAAAAAAAAGGAAAGGUAUUUCAAAGUUUGCAACGCUAAGGAAAAAGCUGGCUCGAGCUCGUCGCCAAAGCCGUUCAUUUGAUCACGCUAAAGCCAUUAGAGAGAUGUUGUCUACUUGGCCAGUGGAUGAUAUACGAAUUCUGGUCCAAGAGUACGAGUCUGCUGUUGCUCUGAAAGAGUUGUCUUUAGCUGCCAGCAUGGCCAGACCCUCGGCUCACUCCCUACGCUAUGAUCUUUCACGUCUAUACGACUGCAAGUUCUGCACAGAUGUUGAUCUCAUAUUUAAAAACACUUGUUUUCCUGUCCACCGAGCUAUUCUUUCAGCGAGGAGUCCAUUCUUCAAGAGGCUUCUGUCACAGCAUCCAGAGUACGGGGCUCAAGUCCAUGUCAAGCUUAAAACACCGGGUGUGGAUGCGUGUCUUUUUUCUGCUUUGUUGAGGUAUUUAUACACAGACGAGCUGCCAAAAGAAAGUUUAGAGCACAGUGAACUGCUGGGUCAGCUGGCUGGAGAGUUUGGUGUUCCUAAUGUUCUAGAACAUGAUAUGAAGCACUUGCUAGAUAGUGCUGAACUCAGUGAUGCAGUUUUAGUGUUUUCAACAGAUUUGGACAACGUGGACAGUUCAGUUUGUCAUCAUGGAAGCAGCCACUGUCGAUGUAUGACUCACAGUGUCUACGGUCAUCCGAAGACCUCGCAGUUUGAGUUCCCUUGUCAUAGGGCAAUCAUCGCUUCUCGUUCACCAUUUUUUAGGAACUUGAUCAAUCGUAGGGCAAAGUCUGGGGAGGAGUUGACAGAAAGAACUUUAAGGACUCCUUGUAAAAUAAUUCUUGAUGAAUCUGUGAUACCUCGGAGAUACGCUCGUGUUCUAUUGACGGCUCUUUACCAGGACACUGUUGACAUGGGCUGUGUUUUAAGGGGAAGUCCCAGUAUGUGUAGCCUAAGUGAAAUUCAAGCAAUGGUUUCCACAGGCAGAUGUCACAUGACAGUAGUGGAUGAAGCUAUGGAGCUGUAUCAGAUAGGCCAGUUUCUAGACACACAAAUCAUCUCACAAGGCUGUGAGGACAUCAUUAUUGAUAAAUUAACUCCAGACUCAUUACUCAGUGUGUUGAGUUGGAGUGCUGAACCUCAUGGAUCCCAAUGGGUUCAUCGUCAAGCUAUGGCAUUUUUAAUUGAAGAAUUUACCCAGAUUUCCAGCCUGUCGGUUUUGUUAGAUAUGAGUAAAGACUUUUUGAAAUGUGUUAUUUCUUCUGAUUUUUUACAGUGUGCGGAGCAAGAUGUCCUGGCUACCAUCAUCAAGUGGGGAGAACAUCAACUGACUAAGAGGAUCGAAGAAAGAGAACCUAAUUUGUUGUGUCACACGGCGCACAGUGUCGCAAAGAAAGGCGUCAAAAAGAGAGAUCUCAGUGACCUUGAACUCAAGGAACUCUUGUCUGAGCUAUUGCCAUUGGUGCGCACUGAUCAAAUACUACCUCCAACUAAUGACGUGCUGACAAGUGCAGUCAAGCGUGGCCUAAUUGAUCCACCACUCAUGUGUUCUAACCAGGAUGAAGUUUACCUCCACAGAGUCGGUGCCUGGACUGGUGUUACCAAGAGAGGGCUUUUCCUAAAGCCUCGACUUUUUCUGCCUUAUUUUGAGGAAGCCAAGAGUGUUUUAGAGGAGCUUUUAUCUCAGGGUCAUGACUCUGGAAGUAAAGUCAGAGCUAUACAUGUGUCAGCCAUCCCAGACACUUUGUAUAUGAUAGAUGAGAGAGAUGUGUCCCUGUCACUCCCUUAUUCAGGAUCUCCUGUCUCUACGGUGGAUAUAAUAGCAGGCACGAUACCUGUUCCAGACAAGGCAACUUUUGUGAAGAUGUUGGAACGGGAGCAAGAGCUACAACAAUCUAAACCUGCCCAGCAAGCCACCUCACUGGCAUACAUUGACAAAAGGACUAUGUCUAAAAAUGUCUCCCUACAAAUACAGCUGAGAGUUGUGCGGGAGUUUGGUUUACCUGACAGUGCCGUAGAGGUGCUCCAGAACAGGCAGUAUUACUACACCAACAACAGUCACUCAUGCCGCCAUCACCACCACCGUUGUCAACAGGCUCAGCAUCUACAACAACAUUACCAGAUCAGAUCUAGGAGCAGUGCCAGUAAUAUACCACAGUCUCUGUCCUAUGACAAUUUUGAGUGGGAACAUUGUGUUGAGAAUUCUUUAAGUGAAAUGAUGCCAGACAUAGCUCUAGCCUCACGGACAUUGUCCCAGAUACAUUUAUAUGAUGAGUCUCUAGAACCAGACAUUGGAGACAGGAGCACAGAAAGACACGCCACUCUAGAAAGACAUGGUACACUGUAUAUAUGAAUAGCUGUGAUGGAAUUGCCAGGAAGUGCCUUAAGGUCAAGGGUCACUUCCUUAUUUUUUUUUGCAUUCACAAGCAACAUGCAAACAGGACACCUCUCAUAGGCUGUUGUUCAGGGUUUGUUUGUUUUUUGUGUGUUAUUAGCAGGGUAAUAGUUUUAGUACUCACAGUUUUGUGUUAAGAAACAAAGUGAUGCAAUGGCAUGGUUAAUUAACUAAUAAAUGGUUAAUCAACUCUACUCUAUAUUUUAAAAUAGUUAAUGAUGUCUUUCCUACAAUUGUGAGAAGAAACGUUUAUAAAGAGAUGAGGACAUUUAUUUAUUUAAAAGUUGUUUUUCAGUAUUUUUUUUUUUAAUCAGAAACUAUUAUUGUAUGUUGCUAGUUGGCAUUUAUUGAUUGGCAAUUAGAUCCUUGCUUUUGAAAUUAACUAAGAGCCAGUAAAAGAUUUUGUAUGAGGGGAAGCUAUACUUGAUUUUAUAAUAACAAAAUGAAAGAGUUAUAUGUCUUGCAAGAUCUUUAUCUAAUGACUUCUGUGGUAUAUUAGCAAACUGAUUGGUGAUUACUGAUAGAAAAAAAAUGUUGGGGGGGGGGGGGGUAACUAAGGGGCAGGUCUUAACUUUUUCUCUCCGUAAUUAUUUACCAUAUUCUGGUGGAAUCAACAUUGGUGUCGUCAGGAGAGAAAGAGUUAAAGAAAACAAAAAUUAAUUGUAUUUGUCGCUGUGUGCAUGUUGACUAGCUUCAAUUGUAGAUAUGUUUCUGUGUUGAGUCUAAAAGAGUCCUUCUUCGAAUGACAAGGGACAGGCAUUGCUGUUUAUGCUGUUUGGUUUACUUAGGCCCCUGUUGCAUCUUUCAUGACUGUGUCUUUUAGUGUGUAUGUGUAUAGCUUGACUGUGUUCAGACCGCAGUGUAAAGUCUGUUAGAGUGUUAUGUUAGCUCAGAGUGCAAUGUUUACAACUCUCUUGAUGCCAUUCAAUGAAAUUCAGUCAAGUUACAAAUUCGAUUGUAAAAUUCUAUUUCCACUAGCUUUUUUUUUUGAGUUCAAUGUUUAUUAUGUCCUAGUGUACAAACUCUCUUUUUUCUUUAUCACAGUGUCAGGCUUAGAUUUUGGUUCUAUCAAAUUUAGAGUUAACAUUUAAAAUAAAAACUGUAUUUAUUGGCAUGCAUAUCAUGUUAUGGUUGAUCAAUACACACACAUGUUGAGCUGAUACUGAUGGUGGGAAGCAUGGUCGAGAGGCUAAGUGCGCUUGAACUUGGCUUGUCUUGGCUACCUAGAAGGGGGCUUGAGGUUUGACACCCGACUCGGGCAGAGUUGCGUUUACUACACCUAGAUACCCCCUCCCCCCACUGGUCCACAAAUGAGAUUGGACCAAAGCGCUCUGAGCAUGCUAUAAGCAUGAAAGUAGCGCUAUAUAAAAGCUAUAAUAAAAAUACUCAGUGAAUAGAAAUCCUAAUGUACAUGGUAUAGCACAUAUUUUCAGUGAAAUGGCCUUUGUUUCAUGGUAGUUCCUUUCAAUGCAGAAGUUCCUGGCAGAAUAACUUUAUGUUAGGAAUCGACAUCCAAAGUUUAUCUGUAUUGUUUUUAACAUUUGACGCUAAAUUUGUAUCUGAUGCUGUUUAACAUUAAAGUUAAUAUAUGGUAUAAUAUGAUAAAUUUGGUAAUGGCUUCACUCUUAACUCUUUCUCUCUGUAAUUAUUUACCACAUUUUGGUGGAAUCAACGUUGGUAUCGUCAGUUAGGAGAGAAAGAGUUAAAGUUGUUAUGUCCCCUUCAUGAUAUGCCUUCAGGAGUAAAUAGUAUUGGUAGAAAUGAUUUGUCAUAAUGAUAUCUAUCUUAUAUAGACUAGAUCAGAAAAUAAAAAUUGACUAAAAAAAAGAUGAACUGAACUUUAUCUGCCAACUUGGACUAGAAUAAUGAACCCAUAACAAUUUGUAUAUGAAAUCGAUUUGGGCUAGAGCUACAUAGAAAAAUAUUGCUGUGAACAAAUUGAGAGGAAGUGGCUCUUGUCAGAGUGAUCUCCAUCUUGAACCUAUUUCUGUCUUUAUUUACUCUCAUCCAUAAACAGCGAAGUUAACAGUCUAAUGGUGGAGAGCCGCCACUCUAUGCAAUCUCUGACAUGAUAGUUUUUAGUGUUUUCUUACACCUGUAUGGCUGCCUGGUCAUGUGGCAUGUGCACUGGACAAAGAUAAAGGCACAUUCCUCGUUCCACCUGCUAGGACAAAUUUGUACAAAUGCUCCUUCUUCCCUAGUGCUAUUAGAGCAUGGAAUAGUUUGCCUGAGCCAGCCAGGAAAAUUAAAGACUUGGCAGAAUUUAAGUCAUUGGUAAACAUGUAUAACUAAAUUGACCUAGGAACACGCAUAUGAUAUAAUCUUCUUUUUUGAAGUUAUGUCAGUACUUUAUAAGAUAAGACUGUCGCUCGUAUGGUCUUGAUAGUCCCAGGUUCAUACCCUGCCCGCUAUAUCCCUGUCGUCCUGCAGGAGAUUUGGGCUAGGGUGAAAUUAUAUUCAAAUCUGAAGAAACAUCCAAAACAUGGAAAAACAUUUCACAAACCUGUUUCAUAGGAUCAAAACUGUAGUUUUCAACAAUUUGUUACUGGUGUUAAGUAAAAAAAAAAAUGCCACUUCUGUACUUCUCUAGCACAUUGUUGACCAUGUUUAUAUAGCACUUUAUUUCCUGAAACCUGUUUUUUGGAUUGUAAUUUUUAUCUGAAUCCAAAGUUGGCAAUAACAUAUACUUAUUGCUUUCUCUAAGAUCUAGCUUUUUUUUAACAGCAUAAAUACAUGUUUUUUUUUCCUUAAAAUAGCUGGUCUCUUGAACAUGGGAAAAUUAUGUCAGCGAUUUAGCCUUGAUAAAACCAGAAGGAGAUAGCAUUGAAAUGUCAAGAUGGCUCCUUUAGUAGAAAGGGGGGCAUGGUAGGUGAGUAGUAUAGCAUUAGCCUUCCAAACUGAGGGUCUCAAAUUAGAAUCCCAUUGCUAACUAGCAUUUUGGAGUCCACCCAACCAGUACUUGACAUGCAUUGGGGAGUAAAUGUGGUUGGUCGUUGUGCUGCCAACUUCUUCAACUGUUGGCCGUAACAACAAAUGAGCCUUACUGUAUUUACAUCAUCUGACCCCCUUUUCCCCAUAGAUCGCAAGGUCUGAAAGGGGUUUUUAUUUUCUUACCUCUGUUAGUGGGAGAUGGUAUUGAAUGGUCUAGGAAGCUCUGUUAAUCAAAUUUAGCUUAAUAGAGAAUGUUCACCUCCCCCCCCCCCCUUUUCCUCGACUGUGAUGUUUUUCAUGUUGCUAGAUUUGAUACAUUCACUCUCUGUUGUGUUAUCUUGUUUAAGCCGAGCUAAGUUAUACCACUCAUCGUAUGUUCAUUGUCAUGCAACUUUUACUCACAGUUAUCCCGCAGCAGUAUGGCCUCUUUAAAAAGGGUCAUUUUAACUUUUGGUCGGUGUUUUAAAAUCUGGCCUUUGCACUCCCUAAACAAAUUGCAAUUUUAUGAUCUAUUUAUGAGUAGAAUAUCAUUGGACCAACUUUUUGUCCCAUGGUCUUGCAUAGAAUAUCAUUGGUUACCUUUUAUGUCCCAUGGUCUAUUUAUGAGUAGGCUACCAUUGGUCCAAGCUGUUGUGCUGUAGGUCUACACUUGAUGUUUUUUUGUUUUGAAACGUUAUCACAUAUGCUGUGUAUGCUAUAUUUGGUUCUCUAAAUGAUCUGUGACAUGAUCUUGUAAUGCUAUGCUGUGCUCAUAUACUCUAUAUAUUUAUCUUGUACAAACAUCACCGCACACUUAACACACUAUUCUAAAUAAAUUCCACAAAUUAAA